AUGCAUAAAAUAAUUCAGGAAGUGAUAUUUAAGCUUAAUAUUCUAAUUGUACAAUUCGAUGAAUAUCCAUCGAUGGAUUUUACCGUGUACGAUUAUCCGCGCGAAAUCUGGCGUUUGAAGCCGGGCUGGGAGGUGACACUGAAGACGAUUACUUUCAUCCCAUUGAUACUGUUCGGUGUGCUUGGCAAUGCGAUACUUUGCUACAUACUCGUACAGAUACGAGCCCUUCGGACGCCGACGAACCUGCUGAUCGUGAAUCUGGCCGUAGCCGAUCUGGCAACGCUCGUAAUCUGUCCGCUGAUGUUUAUGUUUCACGACUUCUACCAGAACUAUGUGCUCGGUGCGAUUGGCUGCAAGACGGAAGGAUUUCUUCAGGGCUCCCUGCUUAUCACCUCCGUACUGUGUCUGUGCGCCAUCAGCUACGACCGCCUGACCGCCAUCGUGUUUCCCAAGCGUUCCCGCCUUACCAAGCGUGGUGCGGCCGUGCUGAUCGUCGCUUCGUGGAUCGGUGGCUUUCUGCUCGCACUUCCGCUCAGCCUGUACCGAGCGUACCGGGAGCGGCAGUGGAAAAACUAUCUCGAAACGUACUGUGCGGAAAAUACGACCUUCCUGCCGAGCUACUGGCAUGUGUUGAUCGGUGCGCUCGUUUGGUUUCCGCUGCUCGUGAUGUUCUGCUGCUACAGCCUUAUCUUUCUGAAGUUGGAUCGAUACGAGCGGCGCGUGCUGAGAAAGGAACAUCCUAUCUCGGUGUCGUACAAGCGGAAGGUGGCCAAAACGCUAUUUAUCGUGCUGAUCGUGUUCGUGCUGUUGCGCAUCCCGUUUACCACGCUCGUGUUCAUACGCUACAAUCGCUAUCUGAACGACAAUCAGAACCAGAUCGGCAACGAUUUCCUGGUCCUCUGGUAUGUCUCGCACUAUCUCAUGUACCUAAACGCUGCCCUCAACCCACUCAUCUACGGCCUAACGAAUGAAAACUUCCGCAAAGCGUUCCGCAAAAUAAGUCUCUCCCGGCUGCUCUGCAUUCCGGCCCUCGCCAGCAAACGCCCAUCAAGCGGCAAGGGACGAUCGCGCGGUAUCAACCGUGGUUCGCCUAACGGGGGCAAAGAUGCUGCCCACGGCAUUGCGAUAAUCGGAGGACGACUUCAACCGCGUGCUCCCUGCGGUACGAACGAAAAGAUGGCCAAUCUAUCUAGCUGGAUCGUGUGCCAGACACGACGGCCCGACAAUCCACCGACCAGCCCAUCCAAGGACACGAAGAUAUCGCAGCUCAAGUUGACAACCGACACGCAGAUGCCUCACGACACGACGAUCGCUUCGGAUGGUUUUAUGUGA